AUGCCGUUCUUCAAAAAGUCAAAGACGGCCAACCUGGCCAACCUUGGGUCAACGUCCUCCGAAGUCACCCUCGUCGAGCCCUCUGCCUACCAAACAGCGAGCAAGGGCAAGACGCCGGCAACCAAGCCCACGCAUCCCAAGCAGACACCCAGGCCAUCGGAGAGGGACAAGUGGAAUACUAUGGAAGCUAGGUUAGCGUACAUUAUAAACAAGUUGGUCCCCGAGAUGAAAUCGCCCGGCAAGCCGUCCGCGGCGGGCAUCGUCUUUGUGCAGGAGGAUCCGACGACAAUCCAGCGCUUAAGAAAAUGGGCACCCAAGACCAAGACUGGAUGCAAGACCUGUCGUAUCCGGCGAGUAAAAUGCGACGAGGGCAGACCAUUCUGCAAGAAAUGUCGCACAUGCGACGGCUAUGAGGCGGCGGCUGCCGCCACCCCCGGAUCACCACCGACCAUGUCAACAGACCAGCUAAUGCGGCUGCUGGACCAGCCGGCGCACGCCUCGGGCCCCAUCUACGGCGGCUCGAGCCGCGCCGAAAAGGCAGCCUUUUACCGCUUCUACAACCUAACGGUCAAGCAGGUGGCCGGCAAGACGGACACGCUGUUUUGGAAGAUUAAUCUGCCGCAGCUGUCCCAGGCGCAGCCGGUGUUGUGGCACGCCUCGCUCGCGCUCUCGGCCAUGCAGCUGCGCGAGACCAUCCCCGACCGGACGGCCGUCGCGCACCAGGCGCGCCAGGACCACUUCCAGUUUGCGCUGAGCCAGUACAGCAAGUCGAUUGCGCAACUCGUUGCGCUUUCGGGCAAGACGGACAUGACGGGCCAGGACCAAGAGGCGGUGCUGACUGCCUGCAUCGUGCUCAGCUGCUUCUGCCUGAUGCAGCUCGAGAACCGCGACGCCCUCAUCCACUCGCUAUACGGGCUCAAGCUCACCCGCCAGUGGAAGUUUGCCAAGCGCGCGACCAACCCGCAACUGUCCGAGAGCGCCCGCUCCACCGCCGACUACCUGACCGCCAUGAUGAAGUAUUUCGAGAUGAAUUUCAUGGAGCAGGCGACGGAGCCUCCGACGGAGGAGGAGGCGGCUCUCCUGCCGCCCCGCGUGCUCACCAUUGCGCGCCUCCCUAUUGCGCGCCACCAGGUGGCCGACGAUGCCGAGUGUCCGCUCACAAUCCGCCUGUGGUGCGUCAAGGGCCAGGUCGACUUGCACCUGCGCUUCGUCGAGGACCGGCAGAUUCCCAAGGAUGAGUUCAUGGCGCAGCUAGAGACGGUGAUUAUCCUAGCGCAGGACAUUAUCCGCGACGUCAACGCGACGUCCACGCAGGACCAGGAGUGCACGCUCGCCGCCACGUUUGGCGCCGUGCCGUUUGCGCCGCAGCUCGUGCAGCCGCCCAUACGCUGCUCCGACCGCCACCGACUGCAGACAGCCACGGUACUCGUCACGGGUGGCGCUUGGCCCUCGGACAUUGGCUACUUUGAUACGACGGUCCUUGGAUCCAAGUUUGAGCGCGGCGCGCUGGUGCCCUACGGAUCGCUGGUCUGGGACGACCGCAUCGCCGCGGCCGGGUGCGACUGCGGCGUCGACGACAUUCGGCUGUGCCACGAGCACGCUACGCCCAAGAUUAAGCAGGACUUUAUGCGCGAGGAGGGUAUCAAGACCCUCUUCAAGGAUUUGGGUGAGGUCAUCCGACGCUGGCCGGUGCACAUGGUUACCAUGAGCUGGUAA